AAAAUCGCUGCAUCACACAAACCUGGGGGGGGCAGGAGGGGGGGGUCCCUUCCGAUCCUCCCUCCUGACGCCCCCCCAGCAGGCCCCCUCCCCCACCAUUGAAAGCCAUGAAUUUUGAAUUUGAGAGGGAGAUUGGGUUUAUAAACAGCCAGCCAUCGCUCGCCGAGUGUCUGACUUCCUUCCCCGCUGUCUUGGAGACAUUUCAAACUUCAUCAAUCAAGGAGUCGACAUUAAUUCCUCCUCCUCCUCCUUUCGAGCAAACCUUCCCCAGCCUCCAGCCCGGCGCCUCCACCCUUCAGAGACCCGGGAGCCAAAAGCGAGCCGAAGAUGGGCCCGCUCUGCCGCCGCUCCCCGCCGCCCCCCUGGCCCCCGAGUUCCCCUGGAUGAAAGAGAAGAAAUCCGCCAAGAAACCCAGCCAAUCCGCCGCGUCUCCCCCGGCCGCCUCCUCCGUCCCGGCCUCCGGGGUCGGAUCGCCGGCAGAUGGGCCGGGACUGCCGGAGGCCGCCGGCGGCGGGGCGCGCAGGCUGCGCACCGCUUACACCAACACGCAGCUGCUGGAGCUGGAGAAGGAAUUCCACUUUAACAAGUACCUGUGCCGGCCGCGCCGCGUGGAGAUCGCGGCCUUGUUGGACCUCACCGAGAGGCAGGUGAAAGUGUGGUUCCAGAACCGGCGCAUGAAGCACAAGCGGCAGACGCAGCACCGAGAGCCGCCCGACGGGGAGCCAGCCUGCCCCGGCGCGCUGCGGAACACCGGCGAGCCAGCCGAAGAGCCUGUGGCUAGCCCGGGCCGCCCCUCCGCAUUGCAGGCCUCGCGAGCAGCCUGUUGUCUCCCGCCCGAGGUCGCGCAAGGGCCUCCGGGCGCCUCGGGCCCCCGGCCUUUGGCCGCUCGCGUGGAGGGCGCAGACGCGCGGAGCCCGGGCGGCGCGCUGCGCGGGGCCGGCGGACGGGAGCCCGAGCCGUUGCCAGAAGACGCCUUCUCGGAGCGGCAGGAUUCGCCUUUCUUGCCCGACCUCAGCUUCUUCGCCGCCGAUUCCUGUCUCCAGCUGUCCGGAGGCCUCUCCCCUAGUCUGCAGGGCUCUCUGGACAGCCCGGUUCCCUUUUCCGAGGAAGAGCUGGACUUCUUCACCAGCACGCUGUGUGCCAUCGACCUGCAGUUCCCUUAAUAACCCACUUCCUUCUCUCGACCCCCGGCCCCCCUCAGCAGCCUGCGGGGAAACCCAAGGACCCCCCUCCCCAAGUCGUAUGGACUUCUUUAUGUGUUUUGCUAAAAUUCAGGUAUUAUUGAAUUAGCGUUUAAUCCACCUCCUUUCUUCUCUAAAAUAUUGGACACACGGGCGUCUUUUACAAAUUACACAUAAAAAAAUCCGUUUGGUAGAGUCUUUCCAACGAAAUCUCAGGAAUAAUUAAACUCUGGGGAGCGGGGGUGUGCUUUCUUAAGAACUAGAGGAACCUAUUUUCCUCUGUCUUUUUUUUUUUUAAGCCGUAGAUUAUUUAUUAAAAUUCUUUACUAAUAGGAAAAGGGGAAAGUAUUUAUUGUACAUUAUUUUCAUAGAUUAAAUAAAUGUCUUUAUAAUACGGAAACGAGAUAGUGUUUGUGUUGGGACCCAGUCCCUUUCCUCCCCGCACCCACUAGGCCAGGCCGCCCUCUCUCUGUCUCUGGCUCUGCCCUGAGCCGGGUAGGUCCGGGUGUUACAAAAGGGGCCCCUUGGAGGAAGAGGGUGUGCUGCCAACUGAAGUGAGAGCAAGAAGAGAUCUCAGGCACCGGCUUCAGAGUUGUGAUGGGAGGCGUAGAGGUUCAGCUAGAUUGGGAGGGUGCCUAGGGCUUCCUAGGCUUCUCGCCUCAGUGCCCCAAGUGGAAUGGAGGAGUUUUUUCCAGGACGCAGGACGGACGCCUGGGGAACUCGAGGUCUGGGGUCAUGCGCAGGGCCAAGGAGUGGGGUAGGGUUGGGAGUUUUCUUGAGAAGCAGGGUCCCGUACCCAGGGAUGGUCACUGGCCUCCCAAGUGGACAAGAAAGGAGGCCGUGUGGAAAAUGUAGCGGGAGCGGGCACUAAUGCUCUUCGGGUCACCCUAAGGCUCCUGGGGUUGGGAGGAGCGUCCGAGGAGCUGCGGGGCGACAAGCUCCUGGAGGCCCGGGCAGCGUUGGGAGGCGCUUGGCUUGUAUAAAGCGAAGGAGGAGCGAGAAGAGCGAGAGAGAGACAGGGAAGCCAGGAAGAUGCUCAAAAUGGCGCUGGGGUCGGGAGGCAGGGAGGGGAGGGAAGAGACUGUGGCCGCCAUGACAGCCGCCUCAGGAUGCGCGCGGCCAGCCCCGGGACCAUCCCCGUACCCACCUUCACCUUUUUGGACCAUCCCGAUGCCUGUGAAGACAGGGAGCCCUGUCUCACGGGUUCCUUUUUUGUUUUUGUGUUGUAUUGUUUGAAAAAUCAGCCCAAUGGAUGCUGAGGAUGCGAGCCGGACAGAUAGUCCGCGAGGGGGUGGGAAUGGGAGAGGGUGAAUGGCGGAUCUUUCUGGCUGGGUCUGCCUCGCCAAAUCUGACUUUUGAUCCUUCGCUCUGGGAUUUGAUGCCCGGCUAGAGCGUUCUCCAAAUGCAGACCUUCCUGUCUUUGCCAACAACUUCAUUUGCCGUCUCAGCACUAUUUCCUAUCCCUCACCUCACCUUAGCAGGUUUCUUGCAAACCCAGUAAGCGGGAGGCAAGGAUCGAUCUUUCCACCUGCCUCCUGGUUUGUUCCGGGGAACGUGGAGAUUUAAAGGGCCCUGGAAAGCCAUCCAUCCUCCUUAGGUUUAUUUAAUACUUCUCGGGCUCAGAAACAGACACCGCAGGGCUACCUCCCCAGCAGAUGCUGCUGUUCUUGAAAAGCAGUUUAUUCCCGGACCUCCCAGACUUUCCCCUGAACCAGCAGGAUGGGGACUUGGAGUACCAGGCACUCAAAGGCAACAACUGUCAGGAAAAGCCAGGAGCCAACACAGGUCGUGACAUACAGGACUAAACAGACCCCUGCAUGUUUUUUUUAAAAUCUGGUCUUUCAGUAUGGGCAGUACACACAACUUAUUCAGCUGGAAUUUAAUCCCUUAAACUGUCUUAAUAUAGAAUUCAUCUCCUGCAUUAAAUAAUCUUACGCCAUGUUAAAUUGCACUUAUUUCUUUCAUAAAUAAAUUAAUAUAGAACAAUUAGAUGUGUUAUUAUAAUAAUAUCAUGUAUCUUAUUAGUUUAUUUUCCCUCAUAAAAUAUAUACAUAUGAAAUAAUUUCAAUAUAUUAAAGUAAUAAUACAGCU